AGACAUUUUAAAUAUACGCGCGUUAAACGGAAUUUGAAAAAGAAGAAAAACUAAAAAAAUGAUAUAAAAGUUUUGAAAUAAAAAAACAAGUGAAAAACAUAAUAAUAAAAUUAGAAUAAAAAAUAGAAAUUAAAAUAAAUAAAUAAUCAUGUCUAAAUACGAAACACAACAAAUAUGCCGGGAACCCUCACCGUUUUAUCAAAAUGAUCAGAUUUUUUAUAAUAAUAAUUAUCGUUUAAUGGAAAUUAAUACAAUAGAACAUACUUGGAAUACACCCACCUAUUGUGCUGAUACAAAACUUCAUCCACAUCAGCACCAGCAGCAACCACAAGAUUGCUGUCAACCCACUACUACCACCACCACCACUACCUGUACAUUAACAGCCAUUAAUAAUACAAAUAAUUACUAUCGCUCACCAAGUUAUUGUCCUGCUUCAUCUUCAGAUUUGGAAGAUGUGGAAAGCCAAUUUCAUGAAAGUUUGUUUACAAACGUUUCAACAAAAACUACUAUUUCUGUCCCCCCAGUUCGUGUUAUAAAGAAACGCAAUACAGCGAAUAAGAAAGAACGACGGCGUACCCAGAGUAUAAAUAAUGCUUUUUCUUGUUUACGGGAAAAGAUUCCAAAUGUUCCAUCGGAUACGAAAUUAUCAAAGAUAAAAACCCUUAAAUUAGCCAUAUUAUAUAUAAAAUAUCUAGUCGAAGUUUUGGACGGUGAUCAAGAUCCCAAAAAUGGUUUUCGUGCGGACUUAAAACCUUUGCAUCGUAAAAAUUCUCACGAAAAAAGAGCAUAUGUCAGAAAUGAAACAAAGGAACAUUAUUAUUAUGACUUCGUGUUCUAUUGUAUGCCACCAAACAAUUUGUUUACAUUUUAA